CGGCUGUCACCCUUAAUUAACCUUUCAGUCGGUUUGCGAACGUCGACCUGUGCACAUCCUAUUAACUUCGCUUCUAAUCCGAACUCAAUCAUAACGUUUAUAAACAAAUUUCGGUUAUAAUUGUGAAGAAUCUGUGCAGCUAUGUGCCUUAUUAAAAUUUUAAUAGAUUUCAAAUAAAGUGUUCAAGACAGAUUGUUCAUUUUACUCGAAGCUCGAUCAACAGGUGGUUAUCUGAAUUUUACGAGAAUAAAUAAUAAGAGAGUCUUGUCAACCGUGGCAAUAGUGACAAGAAUUAUGUGAUCAUCAAAGCCAGCGUGAUGCGUGGGUUCUCCACUUGGUACACUUUACUACUACCAUUAUUCCUCCAUCAAAUCCACUCAUUAACCACACCCAGACACUCCUUAUGCGAGCCAGGGAUUGAGUUUUGGUCCCAAAAACAUUCCUCCUGCUAUCCGUGCACCAAGUGCCAGCCAGAGUUCACGUUGAGCCCUUGUACAGUCUACAAGGAUGCAAUUUGUGGCCCCUUGUCUGCCCUGGAGCUCGACUGGUCCUUCCUAUCCACUGGGAAACGAGUGGAGACCGGGGAGAGGACCAUGGAGGCGGUGACCUCCAAGAUGCUCUGGAGGUUCCCGGAAUUCUUAGAUAGGAACGACGAUAGGCUUCAGAGUGAUAAACAGAUCGGAGUUAUUCGAGAAAAGUUGAUAUGGGACUGGCAGACAGUUGCCUUGAUCCUUGCCGUCUGUGCCUGCAUCCUCUUCUUCCUGGUUGCUGGCUGCUCAGCCCUGCUGUACGCGAGACAGUGGAGGCGAAUGAAGAAGAAUUUCGAACCAGUGGGACUGGAAGAGAUCUCGGCUCGGCUGAACUUAAUGGUAAAAGCGGAACUGGCAGAACUGGUUUCAGGGACGGCAUCGACCCCCGACGAUCCCGAGACCAGGUGCCAGUACCUCGAAAAGUUCUUAGAUGGAAGCCGAGACUCUUCGCUGACGAUAGAUUGGCCAGAAGUAACCGGAAACGUUUACAUAGAAGACGGGAAGCCGAGGAGAACGAAGAAACUACAAAUAGCAAGGAUCCAAAAGGAACAUCGAAACGAUUUUAACUAAAUAGAACGUUCUAGUUAAUCAACUACACAAAUUUGAAAUUUAAUUGCAGACAGUCUAAAAAUUAUUUGUUUAUUGAAUUGAAAUUUAUACUAUUCCUUUUUUGUAAUUAAACAAUAAUUCGAAAGCGUUAUUAUAUACGAGAUUUGAAACGUUGAAGUCUGGGUGUUUCAGGUUUGCUAGUUUCUCUUUAUUUAUUUCUAAUUCCUUACAAUUAUUCUUUUGUUUUUAAAG